CGCCUCCCCGCGAGCCCCGCCGGCGGCCCUGGCCCGCUGCCGCCCGGCAUGAACAUCAUGGAUUUCAACGUGAAGAAGCUGGCGGCCGACGCGGGCACCUUCCUCAGCCGGGCCGUGCAGUUUACAGAAGAAAAGCUCGGACAAGCAGAGAAGACGGAAUUGGAUGCUCACUUGGAAAACCUCCUUAGCAAAGCCGAAUGUACCAAAAUAUGGACAGAAAAAAUAAUGAAGCAGACUGAAGUGCUGUUGCAGCCAAAUCCAAAUGCCAGGAUAGAAGAAUUUGUUUAUGAGAAACUGGACAGAAAAGCACCAAGUCGUAUAAACAACCCAGAACUUUUGGGACAAUAUAUGAUUGAUGCCGGGACUGAGUUUGGCCCAGGGACAGCUUAUGGCAAUGCCCUUAUUAAAUGUGGAGAAACACAGAAGCGAAUUGGAACAGCUGACAGAGAGCUGAUUCAAACAUCAGCCUUAAAUUUCCUCACUCCUUUAAGAAACUUCAUAGAAGGGGAUUACAAAACAAUCGCAAAAGAAAGGAAACUAUUACAGAAUAAGAGACUGGAUUUGGAUGCUGCAAAAACAAGACUUAAAAAGGCAAAGGCUGCAGAAACUAAAAGUUCACAACUAAACUCCGCCCGCCUUGAAGGAGAUAACAUUAUGGUAAAUUUCUCUUACAUGCUCAACUUCCUGCAUGUAAAAUGGCUGAAGAUUUGGGCAGAGGAAGUGACAAAAUCUGAACAGGAAUUACGAAUAACUCAAAGUGAAUUUGAUCGUCAAGCAGAGAUUACCCGCCUUCUGCUAGAGGGAAUCAGCAGUACACAUGCCCAUCAUCUCCGCUGUCUGAAUGACUUUGUAGAAGCCCAGAUGACUUACUAUGCACAGUGUUACCAGUACAUGUUAGACCUGCAGAAACAGCUGGGAAGUUUUCCAUCCAAUUAUCUUUCUAACAACAAUCAGACUUCUGGGACACCUGUGCCAUCUGCUUUAUCAAAUGUGAUUGGUCCUUCUGCUAUGGCUUCAACAGGUAGCCUAGUAGUCACCUCUCCUUCCAACCUCAAUGACCUUAAAGAAUCAAGUGGCAGCAGGAAGGCCAGGGUUCUCUAUGAUUAUGAUGCUGCAAACAGUUCUGAACUGUCACUUCUGGCAGAUGAGGUAAUCACUGUGUUCAGUGUCGUUGGAAUGGAUUCAGACUGGCUAAUGGGGGAGAGAGGAAAUCAGAAAGGCAAGGUGCCAAUUACCUACUUAGAACUCCUCAAUUAAAUAGGGAGACCAUGAAAGACUACCCAUCAUGACACCAUAUUUAUAGACAGUAACUCUAAAGCAAGUUUAAGUGUCUUUCAUGUUAAUGACAUAUAAGGGACUGAAAAAAGUUGCAAGCCAUCAGAAACUGGCCAUCCUGCCAAUAGAAUUGCAUGGUUAAUAAUUCAUUACAGAAAUUCUGUUAGAGAUUUCAUAACAAGAAUGUUUUCUUACACAAUUCUCUUUCUACUGAGGGUUCACUAACAAGCAGCUUCUACUUUUGAGCCCCAAUUUAUAAGCAAAAGAAUUGUUUUCUACUGAAUUUUUCAUUAACGGCAAGCUUUUUCUUUUAUGCAAAAUAAAUUUAUGUGCAUGAUUCUAGUGACUCAUUUUUUAGGUAUAAUAGCCAAAGAAUAAAGACUCAUUUUUACCUUGCUGCCCAAUAGGAAUCAGAUGACUUAAAUACUGUGCUUUAGUGGGGUCUCUUGGCUUUGGAGUUUUGUUUUUAUUUGGUUUGGUUUGGGUUUGUUUAUUUCUAAAACACUACUGGACAAUUUCUUUUAAACCUAAGUCCUUGAAAAGUAUUAUUUUAUUUCAUAGUGUUAUUAAGGUUGCAGAACACUGGGGACAGGUUCAUCCAUGAAGAAAAUGAUAAGAUUUUUCAGUUGGCAUGAUUUGAUACAUAACCAGAAUUGCAUUCAUUAAGAACAUACUAUGCUACAGUAAAGAUUUGUUAUUGAACAAAUUAUGCAAAAAUAAGGAUUAGUGCAAUAGCAUUCAUUAUAGGGUAAAUCAUGUGCAAUGAAUGUAGUUUAUCUUCAUCUGGGUCUCUGGUUAAGAAGUACACCCUCUGGAAAUUACUAAUGACACAUUUGGAGCCAGAGACUUGCUAUGAGGACUAUGCUGUACAUCAGCAAUAGUGGCUGUAAAUUGCCAGUUGAGAAAUUUGUUGUUAGUUCUUCAAUUCUCAUUCAUUCAUUCAUCCAUCCAUCCAUCCAUUCAAAAAAUAUUUGUUGAGGACCAGGUAUUUUGUUGAUCAACCAAGUGUACUAUGAACAAGAUGCUCCUAAAUACAAAAAACAAAAACAAAAA